GGAAGUCGUAUUUCGUGAAGCUUAAAAGAAACGCGACUUCAGGAUCUCACAGAGUUACUUUCUUCAUCGCGGUAGCGGUACUACACGCUCUAUCAAAACACGAAUCAGGAGAAAACAACGAGAAAAAGGGAGAAAUCAGUGGUGCAAUUAGGGCUCGUUCAUCGUCAAUUGAACACCGAAAACACUGGAAAUCUGCCCAAGGAAGCGACAAUUUAAUUCAUGUAGCUCCAUAUAGGAGUUUAAUUUAUCCUCCGGGACUGUCAGGCAUAUAGUGCAGAUCAGGCAAAUGGGGAAUCCACAGAAUGUUGAGCUGGAGGCAGCCAAAUUUCUGCACAAACUUAUCCAGGAGUCUAAAGACGAGCCUACCAAAUUGGCUACAAAGCUUUAUGUGAUCUUGCAGCACAUGAGAUCUAGUGGGAAAGAAAAUUCAAUGCCUUAUCAAGUCAUAUCAAGGGCCAUGGAAACUGUUAUCAAAGAAAACAAUCUUGAUAUUGAAACUUUAAUGUCGUCGCGCCUUCCCCUGGCAGCUGGAUCACAAAUUGGAGAUUCUGCAUCAUCACAAUUAGCUGGGUCUUCUGAGCGGGUCACUGCUGCUAAGGACUCCAAAUCGAGCUUUUCUGGAAAUGAGAUGGGAACAUCCGAGGCAUAUGCAUCAACUAGGGUUCAUACUGGGCCAGGAAGUAGUGGACAUGAGAUGUAUCAAGGGCCUGCGGCUCAUUUAAGUGGGGGUGCUGUGAAAGUUCAUGGCGUUUCUCCUGGUGCCCCAGGUUCUUAUUUAUCAGCAGAGUCUGCAACUAGGAUGCAGUUUGCUAACUCUUCCCUUGAGACCCAUGGCUUUGCUGCCAAGACGUCUAAAGACAGGGGCAUGGAAGUGUUUCCUACUAUUCCUUCUAGCAGUCAUUCUACUGGGAAAAGCAUUGCUGGAAAGACAUUAGAUCAUGGAGGAUCUUCUAUUGUAACAAAUGCAAAUAAGGCUCCGAGCAGUCUGUCAGAACCAAACGUGCUUAGAACCACUGUCUCUAGGGACUCAGGGAAAUCUCCUGUGUCUCAGACUCCCAGUACAGGCUUUCCGUUUAAGGAACAACAAUUAAAACAGCUCAGAGCUCAGUGCCUUGUGUUUUUGGCUUUCAGAAAUGGUUUGAUGCCGAAGAAACUUCAUCUUGAGAUUGCACUUGGAAAUAUUUACUCCAGAGAAGAUGGAAAUCGCAGAGAUGACCAGAAGGGAAAGGAGCAAUUUAUUCAUGAUCCAAGCAGUGUUCCAGAAGUCCCAAGGGAAAGACCAGAUAGCAGUAAGGAUCGCCCUUCUAUCUUGGAUGGCAACACAUCAAAGGAAUCUGAUUUUGCAAAAUUUCCAGAAGAGAGAGGUAGUCAACCUACUAUUCCAGCUGAAAAUGAACUAGACAGGAAAAGUUUAGUUGCAAGAGGGAAACCGGAAGCUGAAAUUAUAACACAGGAAGCCAUGCAAUUGCAUGCAUCUAUACAACGAGAACCGCAUGAAUCAAGCACACGGGAAGGUUUUAGCCGUAAUCAUGAUGAUGAUUUAGGGAACAACCACCAGCCAAAACACAUAGUCUCUGCAGUUAUGUCCCCAGGAGAACAAUCAAAGUUCGAGGAGAGUGGCGGAUCUGGAAAUGGAUUUGCUAAUGAUGUUACCAAGGUAAAGGACCAGUGGAAGCCUGUUUCAGGAAUGAAUGGCCGGAAUUACCCUGCAAUGCCAAUUAAGGAUUCUAAUGUAAUAGUAAAAAAUGUUUCACUAGUGUUAGAGACAGAUAAGGAAGAGGACCAUGCUUCAAUGUCUACUGACAGGCAACCUUCUCCAAAGCAUACCACUGUAGAAAGAUGGAUUUUGGAGCGGCAGAAGAGAAGAGCUCGUACGGAGCAGAACUGGGCUCAGAAACAGCAGAAAACAGAGCACAGAAUUGCUGCUUCUUCUGAUAAGUUAAAGGAAAUUGUAAGCUCUUCUGAGGAUAUUUCUGCAAAGACCAAAAGUGUAAUUGAAUUGAAAAAGCUUCAGUUGCUGGAGUUGCAGCGACAUCUUCGGAGUGAUAUCUUAAAAGAUUUUUUUAAACCAAUAGCCAGUGAAAUGGAUCGAUUGAAAUCCAUCAAGAAGCACAGAAUUGGAAGGAGAUCAAAGCAAAUUGAAAGAUACGAGCAGAAAAUGAAAGAGGAGCGACAGAAGAGAAUUAAAGACAGGCAGAAGGAAUUCUUUAGUGAGAUAGAAGUUCACAGAGAAAGACUGGAGGAUGGGUUUAAAAUAAAGAGAGAGCGCUGGAAAGGAUUCAAUAGAUAUGUAAGGGAGUUCCACAAGAGGAAGGAAAGAUUUCAUCGUGAGAAGAUAGACAGGAUCCAGAGGGAAAAGAUUAAUUUGUUGAAAAUUAAUGAUGUUGAAGGGUAUCUCCGAAUGGUUCAGGAUGCCAAAUCUGAUCGGGUUAAGCAACUGCUAAAAGAGACUGAAAAAUAUCUGCAAAAGCUAGGGUCCAAACUAAAGGAGGCUAAGGCUAUGGCUAGACAAUUUGAGACUGAUAUGGAGGAGAGCAAGGGUUUUCUUGUUGAGGAAAAUGAAGAUGCUGCUGAGAACGAAGAUGAAAAAGAUCAGGCGAAGCACUAUUUGGAAAGCAAUGAGAAGUACUACAAGAUGGCUCAUAGUGUGAAGGAGACUAUUGCUGAUCAGCCAGCCAGUCUUAUAGGUGGCAAACUGAGAGAGUACCAAAUGAAUGGACUAAGAUGGCUGGUUUCACUCUAUAAUAACCAUUUGAAUGGCAUACUAGCAGAUGAAAUGGGCUUAGGUAAAACUGUUCAGGUGAUAUCUCUAAUUUGUUACCUAAUGGAAAAUAAGAAUGAUAGAGGACCUUUUCUAGUAGUUGUACCAUCCUCAGUACUACCUGGAUGGGAGUCAGAAAUCAAAUUUUGGGCUCCAAGUAUCCAUAGAAUUGUUUAUUCUGGGCCUCCUGAUGAACGCCGGAGGCUAUUUAAGGAGCACAUUGUUCAUCAGAAAUUCAAUGUUCUUCUGACAACAUAUGAAUAUUUGAUGAACAAGCACGAUCGACCAAAACUAAGUAAAGUGCACUGGCAUUAUAUCAUUAUUGAUGAAGGACAUCGGAUUAAGAAUGCUUCCUGCAAGUUAAAUGCUGAUCUGAAACAUUAUCAUAGCAACCACAGAUUACUUUUAACUGGAACACCCCUGCAGAACAAUCUUGAGGAACUAUGGGCACUGCUCAACUUCUUGUUGCCAAACAUCUUCAACUCAUCUGUUGAUUUUUCUCAGUGGUUUAAUAAACCAUUUCAGAGUAACGGUGACAAUUCACCAGAUGAAGCUUUAUUAUCCGAGGAGGAGAAUCUUUUGAUUAUAAAUCGUCUUCAUCAAGUACUACGACCAUUUGUACUUCGAAGAUUGAAGCACAAGGUUGAAAAUGAAUUGCCUGAAAAGAUCGAAAGACUUAUUAGAUGCGAAGCUUCUGCUUAUCAAAGGUUAUUGAUGAAGAGGGUUGAAGACAAUCUUGGUGCUAUGGGAACUUCAAAGGCUCGGACUGUGCACAACUCCGUGAUGGAACUACGCAAUAUUUGUAACCAUCCAUAUCUCAGUCAACUUCAUGUGGAAGAGGUUCACGAUUUGAUUCCAAAGCAUUUUCUUCCCAACUUUGUGAGACUUUGUGGGAAGCUUGAGAUGUUAGAUCGGUUAUUGCCCAAACUAAAAGCUACUGAUCAUCGGGUUCUGCUUUUCUCAACAAUGACGAGACUACUUGAUGUUAUGGAAGACUAUCUAUGCUGGAAACAGUAUAAGUACCUACGAUUAGAUGGCCAUACAUCUGGGGGUGAUCGAGGUGCUCUCAUUGAUCAGUUCAAUAAUUCCGAAUCUCCUUACUUCAUAUUUUUACUCAGUAUCCGAGCUGGAGGUGUUGGUGUGAAUCUCCAAGCUGCAGAUACUGUGAUUAUCUUUGAUACAGAUUGGAAUCCCCAGGUUGAUCUGCAAGCACAGGCCAGGGCUCAUAGGAUUGGACAAAAGAAGGACGUUCUCGUUCUUCGCUUAGAAACUGUUGAAACUGUGGAAGAACAAGUUAGAGCUUCCGCUGAGCACAAACUUGGUGUUGCCAAUCAGAGUAUAACUGCUGGUUUUUUUGACAAUAAUACGAGUGCGGAAGAUCGAAGGGAAUACUUGGAGUCUCUCCUACGAGAAUGUAAGAAAGAGGAAGUCGCGACUGUUUUAGAUGAUGAUUCGCUUAAUGAUGUGAUAGCACGCAGUGAGUCGGAAAUUGAAAUUUUUGAGUCAAUUGACAAAGAGAGGCGUGCAGAGGAAAUGAUUGCAUGGCAAAACAUAUUUGGUGGGGAAGGGUCAGAGAAGUGCAAGCAGAUACCACCUUUUCCCUCUCGACUUGUAACAGAUGAUGACUUAAAAUCAUUUUAUGAAGUCAUGAAGAUCUCCGAGUCACCGACUCCAGGUGUAUUACCUAAUUCCGGAGUGAAGAGAAAGAGUGGGUAUGCUGGAGGCCCCGAUAUCCAACAUUAUGGAAGAGGCAAACGUGCUAGGGAGGUGCGCUCUUAUGAAGAGCAAUGGACGGAAGAAGAAUUUGAAAGACUCUGUCAAGCGGAAUCCCCAGAUUCUCCAACGAUGAAGGAAGAAGUUAAUGGAAAGACAUUAACCGGGCUGACAAACAGCCCGGUUGCAGUAAUGGGUGAGACGCAGGCGCCAGUUGUACCCCAACUGCCCCAGAAUCCAACUGUGGAGACGCAAGCUCUACAAAAUAAAGUGGCUACACCAAAUAAAGUGGCUACACCAAAUAAAGAGGCUACACCAAAUAAAGAGGCUACACCUCCAUCUAAAAGGGGCCGUGGGCGGCCAAAGAGAGUGGUGGAAGCCUCUCCAUUGGUUCUUUGUCCUGUGCCUUUGGGAUCUGGAAAAGCAGAAGAGUGCCCCAAGGUUGAAACUACACAUGUGCCCUCGGGAUCCGGAAAAGUAGAAGAGUGCUCCAAGGAUGAAACUGUACCUGUGCCUUUGGGAUCUGGAAAUGCAGAAGAAUGCUCCAAGGGUGAAACUACACCUGUGCCUUUGGGAUCUGGAAAAGCAGAAGAGUGCGCAAAGGUUGAAACUACACCUGUGGGACCUGUUCCUGAUUCGUUGGCCAGUAAUACAAAUGUCAGUAAUAUACAUGUCAGAAGUAUCACUGGCAGCAUGCAAGGGUUGGGGCUUCCUAUUACUCCCAACUCUUUGCCAACUACUUCUGUCAGUCAUGCUUCUCAAAGUGCUGCUUCCCCCUCUUCAUAUGGGCGAGGUAGAGGGCGGGGUCGAAAGCCUCGAACAGCCGGAGAAGCUCCUGUUCCCAGACGAAGAGGUAAAAGACAGAACGCAGUGGAACAAACCAUUCAAAUAACUGCCUCUCCACCGGUAACUGACCAACCACCAGAAAUACAAAGAGAAACUGUGUCGAGCUCCGUUAUUGCCAUGAGUACUGGAUCUGCUUCUGUCGGUACCAUUGUGAAAGAAGUUUGCAAUGAAUCAAAUUCAUUAUCACCUGCUGCUGUGCUACCAUCAGUUUCUGGAAAAGAAGUUUGCAAUGAAUCAAAUUCAUUAUCACCUAUUGCUGUUUUACCACCGGUUUCUGGCCAAACCAAUGUUGAUUUGGGCUUACAACAAGCAGCUGUAGCUGGAUCUUCAAUGAAUUCUAGUCAUGCUAUUACUGGCCCGGUGGCUGUGGCAAGUGUUAAUCUACUAGAUCCUAUUACUUUGCCUGCUUCAAGUCCCCAAACUACCCCUCCCUUACUUUCUGGUAUUCAGGCUGCACAGUCUAUUCUUCCUCCCCCCUCUAUAACAGUGCCAGGUAAAGGUCGAGGGAGAGGGAGAGGGAGAGGACGGGGGCGAGUGGAUAAUGUUCAAAGUCAAGAAGAGACACCCCAACGGAGGCGAAGGAGGCAGGAGCCUGUAGUAUCAGGUGUUCCUGGUGCACUAACUGGCCAUGAUUCAGCAUCGAUUGAACCUCCACAUAAAAGAACUCGGGCUUCUAUUGGGCGCAGGGACACCAUACAAGGGGAACCUAAUCAAGAUAUUGCAGAUCCUUCUGCGAAGCAAGUUCCUAAAGGCACUGCUACAGAUAUAGGCAUUGAUCUGGGCAAGUUCGAGGAUCCUCCUACUAAACAAGAUACAAAUGAAAAGGAAGGCAAGGAUAACGCCAAUGAAGUCCUUUCAUCAAAAUCUAAUUCUGCUGAUUUGCCAUCAACUUUGACCCCAGAUCCAGCAGUUAGAGCAUUGAGUUCUCCGUUUUCCAAAUCUGAGCAUCAGUCUGCAGGAGAAACUGGAGAAUCUAUUGAUAAGAAAGAACCUGAUAGUAAGGACUGUUGUGGGGAUAGUUCUUUAAUUUCAGUCCCUGUGUUAUCCGUCAAUGAUAGUAUUCAUGGAAAAUGUGAAGAUUCUCAAUCCUUACUAGUAAUCAACAGUGAAUCCGCUCAGUUUGAGAAAGACCACGGUUUACAUAGUGCCAGUGUUGAGGAAAGCGGAAUGUCUGAGUCUCUCUGUAGCAAGGAAGAUGGCAAUAUUAUUGUCUCUGCCAAAAGUCCUAAUACCGAUGAAUUUCCUACAUCAGAUAAUUUACCAAAAGGAGCAACUGAUGUUGUGGGGUUAAAACAAGGAUCCACUGUUCCGUCGGCUGAGGCAAGUUUUAACCAGCCAGAUUUGGGUGAAGCCCCUCCAUCCAUCGUUCAAGAUAUUGCAGAUCGUCCUGCCGAGCAAGUUCCUAAGGGCUCUGCUAUGGAUUCAGAAAUUGGCGACAAGUUAGCACAUACUCCUCAGGAACAAGAUGCAAAUGAAAAAGAAGGCAAGGAUCACACGGAUGAAGACCUUGCAUCAAAACCUAACUUAGCUGACAAUUUCCCAGCAUUGUACUUGGAUUCAGCAGUUAGAGCAUCGGGUACUCUUGUUUCCAAGUCUGGAAAUCAGUGCACAGAAGAAACUGGAGAAAAAGAACCUGAAAAUAAAGAACCUGAAAGUAAAGACACUUGUGGGGAUAGUUCUUUUGGUUCAGGUCCUGUGGUAUCUGGAAGUGAUUAUAAUCAAGGAAUUUCUGAAGAUCCCCAAUCUUCACUAGUACUCGACAGUAGUUCCGUUGAGAUGGAAAGAGACCAAGGUUUAAUUAGUGCUACUAAUGAGGCUCCAGCAACAUUGGGAUCAAUGCCUCUGAGUGACAACUCUGAGUCUCUCUGUCGCAAGGAAGAUAACAAAACUUUUGACUCUGCCAAAAGCCCUGAUGUGGAUGAAAUUCCUGCAUUGGAUAAUUUAUCAGCAACUGAUGGUUUUGGGUCACAGCUUGGAGCCAUACUUGGCUCUUCAAUGGUUUCUGGUUCAGGGGAUUUAGCAAGUGUUGAUCAGCUAGAUACUGGAACUGUACCAGCUUCAAGUCCUCAAGCUAAUCCUGAAGAUACUGCAGAGCAAGUCCCUAAUGAUGCUGGCGCUGCUAUAGAUAAAGACAUUGAUGUGGAGAAGUUAGAGGAGCCUCUUCAGGAACAAGAUACAAAUGGAAAAGAAGACAAGGAUAACGCUGAUGAAGUCCUUGCAUCAAAUUCGAAGUUGGCUGAUAAUUUGCCAUCUCUUUCAACCUUGGACCCAGCAUUGAAUUGUUUGGCUUCCAGUUCUCAUUCGGCUGGACAAAGUGGAGAAUCUAAUGAUAAUAACGAACCGCAUGAUGAGGUUGUUUGUGAUGAUACUUCUUUUGUUUCAGUUGUUGAGGUAUCUGGAAAUGACAAGGAUCACGGAACAUCUGAAGGUUCACCGUCACUAGUACGGGACAGCAACUCAGUUGAGAUGGAAAUAGAUCAAGGUUUAAAUAGUGCUACCGAUGAGGCUGCGACAACAUUUGGAUCAAGGCCGCUUGAUGAUGGGAGUGGCAAGUUUGAAUCUCCCUGUCGUGAGGAAGAUGAAAAAAAUAUUAUCUCUGCUGAAAGCUCUUAUAUGGAUAAAUGUCCAGCAUCAAGUAAUUUAUCAGAGGGAGUAACUGAUGUUGUGGGGCCACAACUAGGAGCUAUAUCAGUGGCUGCAGCCAUUGUUGAUCAUCCAGAGGAGGCUGCGGCAACAUUUGAAUCAAGGCCGCUUGCUGAUGAGAGUGGCAAGUUUGAGUCCCUCUGUAGCGAGGAAGAUGAAAAAAUUAUUGUCUCUGCCGAAAGCUCUUAUAAGGAUAAUAUUCCAGCAUCAAGUAAUUUAUCAGAGGGAGUAACUGAUGUUGUGGGGCCACAACUAGGAGCCGUAUCAGUGGCUGCAGCCAUUGUUGAUCAUCCGGAAGUGACUGCUACAAGUCCUCAGUAUACCACACAAGAUACUAUAUAUCCUUCUGUGGAGCAAGUCCCUAAGGAUACGAGUGACGCCCCUGCUACCGAUACAGACAUUAGUGUGGACAAGUUGGAUAUUCCUCAGGAACAAGAUCCAAAUGAAGAAGAAGGCAAUGAUCACAUGGAUGCCCCUGUUGAAGUUUCCAUUUCAAUUACUGAGGUUGCAUGUCCUACUGCAGAAGAAGCCAUUGUACCAGAUAAUCUGUCCGAUGGAGCAGUAAAUACCAAUUCGGAGGUACAUGGGGACACAUUUGACAAUGAAUCUGGCAGAUCACCUGAUAAUGAAGAUGCAGAGGAAAGUGCCGCUCCCGAGGUCUCGAUUUCUGUCCCUGAACUUGCAUGCCCUACCCCUGAAGAGGCACCAUUCAAUAAUUUGUCUGAUGGAGCAGCGAAUACCAUUUCUGGGGUGCUUGAAAACGCAUUAGAGAAUGAUUCCGCAGAACUACCUGUUGAUGAACAGGCAACGGAAGAUGCCUCGGUUUCCACUUCAACUAUGGAAGUUGCAUAUCCUGGUCUCAUAGAUUCCUUGGCACCAAGUGAUUUGUCUGAUGCACCUGUUGAGAUGUCCAAUUCGGCAACUGUGGAAGAUUCUGUGGAAUCAGAUAAUCUGUCUGAUGGAGCUGGGAAUACCAUUUCUGAGGACACAUCGGGAAAUGAAUCUAUGGAACUACCCACUCCUGAACAAGCAAAGCAAGAUUGCCCGAACGAGGUUUCCAUUUCGACUACCGAAAUUCCAAAUCCUACUACCGUGGACUUCUCUGCACCAACUAAGUUCUCUGAUGGAACACUGGACCACACUUCUGAAGUAGUUGGGGACACAUCUGCCAAUGAACCUGUUCAGUUACCUGCAGAUCAAGACUCCAAGGAAAACGUCACCCUGGCAUCAGAUAAUUUGUCUGAGGGAGCAGUGAAUAUCAUCUCUGAGGCACUCGGUGAGACACCUAGCAAUGAAUCUGCAGAACUACUCAUCGAUGAACAUGCUGCUGCACCCUUUGACGUAGUUGGGGACACAUCUGCCAAUGAACCUGUUCAGUCACCUGCAGAUCAAGACUCCAAGGAAAAUGCACGUAGCAAUGAAUCUGCAGAUAAUUUGUCUGAGGGAGCAGCGAAUACCGUCUCUGAGGCUCUCGAUGAGGCACCUGGCUAUGAAUCUGCAGAACUACUCAUCAAUGAACAUGCUGCUGCACCCCUUGCGGUAGUUGGGGACAAUGUUGUUCAGUUACCGGCAGAUCAAGACUCCAAGGAAAAUGUCACCCUGGCAUCAGAUAAUUUGUCCGAGGGAGCAGCGAAUACCAUCUCUGAGGCACUCGGUGAUACACCUGGCAAUGAAUCUCCAGAACUACUCAUCGAUGAACAUGCUGCUGCACCCCUUGAGGUUCCGAUUACUACUGAAAUUGGACUUAGUCAGAGUGGGUCCCAUAUGAAUGAAGAGGAAAUUCCUGGAGAGCUAGAGUGCGGUGAUGAUAUCAUGGACACGGAUGUUGAUUCGAAGCCUGAACCAAAAGAGGCUCCAACUGUAUUGGAAAGUGUCGAGAAUAAGGACGUCGAUUCGAAGCCCGAAUCAGAUGAGGCUCCAAGUGUAGUGGAAACUAUCGAGGCUAUGGAUGUUGAUUCAAAGCCUGAUUCAAAAGAGGCUCCAACUUUAUUGGAAAAUAUUGAAGAACACGACGUUAAUUCAAAACCUAAAUCGGAUGAGGCUCCAAGUGUAGUGGAAACUAUCGAGGUUAUGGAUGUUGAUUCAAAGCCCGAAUCAGAUGAGGCUUCAACUGUAUCGGAAAGUAUUGAAGAUAAGGACGCUUGUUCAAAGCCUGAAUCGGAUGAGGGUCCAACUUUAUUGGAAAAUAUUGAAGAAAAGGACGUUGAUUCAAAACUUAAAUCGGAUGAAGCUCCAAGUGUAAUGGAAACUAUCGAGGUUAUGGAUGAUGAUUCAAAGCCUGAAUCGAAUGAGGCUCCAAUUGUAUCGGAGAGUAUUGAAGAUAAGGACGUUGAUUUAAAGCCUGAAUCGAAUGAGGCUCCAAUUGUAUCGGAGAGUAUUGAAGAUAAGGACGUUGAUUCAAAGCCUGAAUCGAAUGAGGCUCCAAGUGCAGUGGACACUAUCGAGGCUAUGGAUGUGGAUUCGAAGCCUGAAUCAAAUGAAGCUCCAGUUGUAUUGGAAGAUUCAUCGAACCUUAAUGAGUAAGUUUAAUUUCGAAACAACCGGAAAUAAAAUUAAAUGUAUGGCCGUUAUUAAUGUUUUGGUUAUGUCGUAGGAGGUUGAAAAUACAACAGUUGGUAGUUAUUGAAGCAUAUAUAUUUAUAUUUAUAUAUGUAAAGGUAAUUUAUCUUGAAGUAGUAUAUUUAUACUCGAGCAGAAUUAAUGUGAUUAAUUCA